CCGGCAGAUUCAAGAGCACAGCAGUGCAAGGGCAGUUUAAAAUCAGUCAGCAAAGAUUCCAGAGUGCUGCCCUCUCUGCUUUGAACCGUUUGAAUUUUCUGUCUUCGCCCAGCGUUUCUCUUGUUGCGGUUCGGGCACUCCAGACACUGUGCAAUAUGUCGAAUCAUGAUCAUCUUGAUCCAGGUCUCACGUCUUCCACAUCAUCUCUUUUGACCAGGGUUAUUCUUUCUCAAUCAUAGGACCGAGGACUAAUCAGAAUAGCACCAUGCUUCUCCGUGCGUUAAAACCGGCCUUUAUACUCUUUUGCGAUGUCCGAAUCACAACGGACCUGGAGAAUCUCGCCAUUCUUCGGCGCGUAAAACGUACCCUCACCCAGUUCACGAACUCUCAUCCAUCCAUUGCGAAGCUGAACCGUCUCGAUUUGUUUAUCAAGCUAUGCAUGUCAAUCGAAUCAGAGUCAGCGGAUGCAUUCGAGGCAGUUUGGAAAUUCUGGCCAAUCGAGUACAUAAGAGGGCUGAGUCGGGAACUUUUUCGCAGUGUGGAUCAGGAUAUGGCGUUGAGUCUCCUCAAAAUGGAGCCGUCAUUGGAAUGGUUGGAUAUGGAUUUUAAUGGUAUUUUGGAUGGCAUGGAUAGGCGUUGACUUGCACAUGUCAUCGAGCC